UCAAAUUUCAUACAGUUAAAUUGUUCACUGUAAAUAAUUGCUGGAGCGGGAUUUUACAAAACAAAAUGAUACGCUCGUUAGCCAAAGCAGUUACUUUAGCAAGCAAUUGCAAGCGAAUUCUUUAAGCACAUACACAGAUAUGUAUUUAUAUUUAUAGAAUACACUUGCUGACGUUGCUCAAUGAUUACUUGUCGUCUAUAAACUACAAUGCACUCGUCUGCGGCUACAGUUUGGAGCGAAAUACAAUAAUUUUUUAAUUGAGUUUGUAAAGUGUUGAUAUCCAUCAAUUAAUAACAACAAUCGCUGCGCACUGCUGCAAUGUAAAUAUAUUUCCACUGCGCAUGAAACACCACUGUCGAAAUCCCAACAAUACAAACAGUCAAACAGUGCCUUUCAAACAGUUAACACGCUAAUUCGCAAGUACAAUGAGUGAAUCGGGCGACAAUACGCAUUUAAAUUAUAUUAAAGACUAUGUAGUGCCGGAAAUUUUGACUAAAUUGCAAGGCGAAACCUUGCUGAAGUUCGAGUUGGAACAUGCAAGCGGGCUGGACGGCUUUAUGUCGGCACUCUACAACAUUAAACUGCAUACGCAGACUGCCGACGGCGCCAAGCAGCGGCUGCUUGUGGCCAAAUUCAUGAAAGGCGAUGUAAGCUUUCGUGAGUCCAGCAAGUCAUACAUACAAUUUGCCAAUGAAAUAUUUGUGUAUGAACGCGCUCUGCCCGCCUUUGCAAAAGUGCUAGCCGCCGCCAAGCUCGACAUCACCAUUGACGAUUGGGUGCCACAUCCUUAUGUGGCCAAAUUUGGUUAUAUUGAGGGUUUGAGCGCUGCGCCGGGCGUGCGCGAAUCAGUAUUAGUGCUGGAACAUUUGAAACCGCACGGUUAUGUGUUGGGACCACGUCUAUAUCUUACGCGUGAGCAUUUGUUGCCAAUGUGUAGUACGAUCGGACAAUAUCAUGCCAUUAGCUAUGCGUUGCGGUUAAUUGAUCCUACGCAACUCGAACGCUUGAAAAGUGAAAUAGUGACGCUGCCCUUCAUCAAUGAUGCGGAUCCGCGUGAUGCACAAGACAACUUUUAUCGUUAUCUCUACCGCGCUGCAUUCGAUCGCUUCUAUGACUUUUUCGAUCGUAAAAUUGAUGGCAAUACGUUUGAUAAGCAAAAUGCCGAUGAUUUAAAAUUAAUAGCGCGUUUGCGCGAUUUGCGUGCUAAGUAUAUUGAAGAGCCGACGCGUUUGUUAGAGAAAAUACGCACAGGUGUUGUGGAUAAUGAGCAAGAUAAACAUUUCGGCGCCAUAUUACAUGGCGAUUACAAUCGCAAUAAUGUGUUGUUCCGUUAUGAAGCGCAGGAAGGUGGUGAUGCGGCUGCGCCAAAGGUGGCCGACGUGAAAAUGAUUGAUUUUCAAGAGAUGCGUUAUGGCAGUCCCUGUUUAGAUUUGAGUUUCUUCAUGUACAUGAAUACCACUGAAGAAACGCGUGAUGCCAUUUGGCAAGAAAUGUUGCAAAUGUACCACACAAAUAUGUUUAAUACACUGCAGGCAGCUGUUAAAGGCAAUGCAAGAGUUGAUGCUGCGCAAUUGGCAGCUUACAGUUUUGAAGCCUUCCAAGCGCACUUUAAACGCUAUGCCUUCUAUGGCGUCAUGAUUUGUCUACAAUUUCUACCGUGGAUGCUCUCGAGCGAAGAGGAAUGUGCGAAGAUCUCGCAUCUCUUCGAGACCAAUUUGCGUGGCGAAGAGUUUCAUAGGGUUUCGAUUGAGAUCGGUGGUGAUGAAGUUAACAUGCGUUUGCUGGCGGUACUGCGACACGCCUGCAAAAUGGGCUAUAUGGAUGAGCUUUGA